AUGAAGACAGUUCUCUGGGCCUUGGGACUGGGGACCCUUCUCUUCACUCUCAGGGCAGUCCCCAUUGGCGGACCAGGCGACCUGAGGCUGGCGUACAGACACAGUUCCUGCGACGGAGUGGUGCUGGUCCGCCACAAGGAGCAGUGGGGACAUGUGUGCAACCAGGAGUGGACGUUGGCGGAGGCAUCUGUGGUCUGCAGGCAGCUGGGCUGUGGACAUGCUGUGGGUGCCCCCAAGUACGUCCCGUUGCCCGGGGAGAUGGUGCGGCCCUGGCUCCACAAUGUAUCCUGCAGGGGUGAUGAGCUUUCCUUCUGGGAGUGCAGCCUCGGGGCUUGGACUCGGAGCGAGUGCCCUCACGAGUGGGUGGUGGUUGCUCUGUGUGCAAAUGGCACCUUCCGGGAGAUCCGGCUGGUAAAGGGCCGCAGCCCCUGCUCUGGACUCCCCGAGAUCAGGAAUGUGAAUGGGGUGGAUCGCCUCUGCGGCCUGCAUGAGGAGGAGGCCACGGUGUUCUGCCAGGAGCUGGGGUGUGGGCCUGUGCUUCAGGCCCCCCGCCAAGACGUGGGGGUUGUCAGGAAGUACCUGACGUGCAGGGGUACUGAGCCCACCAUCCGGAACUGCAGACUCAACAAUAAUCUCCGCAGUGGUUGUGACUUCCAGCAGGACGCGGAGGUCGUCUGCUCAGGACACAUAGAAGCCCGGUUGGAGGGCGGUGAGCACCCCUGUGCCGGGCGUCUGGAAGUGAGGCGUGGCCUGACCUGGGGCACUGUCUGUGACGCUGACCUGGACCAGGCAACGGCUCACGUUAUGUGCCGGGAGCUGCAGUGCGGCUCGGCUGUGUCCACUCCCGGGAGCGCCCACUUCGGCCGGGGUUCUGGGCCUGUGUGGACACAGGCCUUCCAUUGUGCAGGCAAUGAGUCUCUGCUGUUCCACUGCCCCCAGGGGCCUGGGCACCAGUGUGGGCACCGCCAGGAUGCCGGGCUCAGGUGCUCAGAGUUCCGGCUGGUUAACGGCAGCAGCAGCUGUGAGGGGCGCGUGGAGCUCCAAGUGCAGGGGGCCUGGGCACCCCUCUGUGCUGCCCACUGGGACUUAGCAGAUGCCACCGUCCUCUGCCACCAGCUCAACUGCGGUAGUGCGGAGGCCACACCCCGAGGAGGCCACUUUGGGAACGGGGACGCUCCCAUCUGGCCUGAUGUGUUUCACUGUGUGGGGACAGAACCCUAUUUGUGGAAUUGCCCAGUAAGCACCCUGGGGGCCGGGGCCUGUGCGCCGGGAAACGCGGCUGCAGCGGUCUGCUCAGGUCUCCUCCACGCCCUGCGGCUGAGGGACGGACAGAGCCGCUGCGAUGGCCGCGCGGAGGUCUCCCUGGACGGGGUGUGGGGCCGCGUCCUGGACGACGCGUGGGACCUGAGCGGCGCCCGCGUGGUGUGCAGGCAGCUGGGGUGCGGACAGGCUGACCGGGCCUACGACGCGCCUGCGCCCAGGCGCGGGGCGGUCCCGGUGGGGCUGAGCCGCGCGCGCUGUCGGGGCACCGAGAACCGCCUGACCCAGUGCAACGUGUCCGCAUCCCCGCUGGUACCCUCGGGGGCCUCGCGGGACGCGGGCGUCGUGUGCUCGGGUGAGUGAGUGCCCGCGCCGCCCGCCCAUAGCCCGCGGGCCGGCUGCCCUGACGCCGCGUGUCUCCGCAGGGAGCCGGCGGGUGCGGCUGGCCGCCGGGCCCCACCGCUGUGCGGGGCGGUGGAGGUGCUGCACGGGGGCACGUGGGGCACCGUGUGUGACGAUGGCUGGGACCUGCGGGACGCCCACGUGGUCUGCCGGCAGCUGGGCUGCGGCCAAGCCCUCCGCGCCCUGGGGGCCGCGCCCUUCGGUGCGGGGUCGGGGCGCAUCUGGAUGGACCAGCUGGGCUGCAGCGGCCACGAGUCUGCGCUGUGGCAGUGCCCGUCAGGGGGCUGGGGCCAGCAGGACUGCGGGCACAAGGAGGACGCCGGCGUCAUCUGCUCAGGGUCAGUGGCUCUGAGGCUGCGAGGUGGCAUCCACCACUGUGCUGGGUGGCUGGAUGUGUUCUACAAUGGGACGUGGGGCGCUGUGUGCAGUAAUGCCCUUAAGGACAUCUCCUUGUCCAUCAUCUGCAAGCAGCUUGUGUGGGGAGCAAGGCUGGCUAGAGAACAGGCCCGUCCACACUGGCUCGGGCACCUCCUGGGUGGACAACAUCGAGUGCCGCAGGCUGAGAAACUCCACGCUAUGGCAGUGCCCCUCGGCACCAUGGUACCCACAUUCCUGCACCCCUGGAGAGGAGGAUUGUCAGAGAAAAUGGCACAGGAUUCCGGGGAGACCCUCAACUGCUCAUCCACCCACAGCUGCCCAGAAGAGGGUAUGCUGCGUGUGCGUGGGGGCAAGGACAACUGCUCUGGCCGCGUGGAGCUCUGGCAUGCUGGCUUCUGGGGCACCAUCUGUGAUGAUUCCUGGGACUUGGCAGAUGCAGAGGUUGUGUGCCGCCAGCUGGGCUGUGGCCCGGCUGUGGGUGCCCUUGUGGGGGCCGCCUUCGGGCCAGGCUCGGGGCCUGUGUGGCUGGAUGAGGUGGGGUGCCGUGGCAGCGAGGCAUCCCUAUGGAGCUGUCCUGCAGAGCCAUGGGGACUCGGAGACUGUGGGCACAAGGAGGAUGCGGGUGUGCACUGCUCCCGUGAGUGGGCAGGGGGUAGCGGGACAGGCGGGGUGGGAGGGUUUGUUGGGGGCUGGGGAGGGGUUACCAGAAGGGUUCCUCCGACUAUCCCCACAGAACCUGGCUUCCUCUGGCUGCCUCUGUGGCUGUCCCAUGACAUGUUGGCUCAGGCUGAGUGGGGCUGGGACACUUCCCUGAGGGUCUGA